UGUCAGGCUGAGGCCAGGCCGGUUUAUACCCAGCUAACUCACGGUGAUUACGUAACACCGCCCCACCGGCGCCUCACAGACAGACCGUUCUUUUUUUAAUUAUUAUUAAUUAGCGGGGUGUUAGCUUAAACCUCAAAAUGGCGCCUUUUCUCCGUUUGUUUUAGUGACAUUGGAGGCGCGUGCCGGUGACAGCAGCCUCGGCUGUCUUACGUAAUAACCUGUAACCUGGUUCCGCCGGUGUCCGCUAACAAACGCACCUUCAGCUGCAGUUAGCCCGCGCCGCGUUUCGGUCCGAGCACGCACGCUUCGGGUUUUUUGCUGCUCCUGCAUCAGCUCUAAGCAUCUCGUCAUCCCAGCAUCAGUUCCUAAGCUGCCUGUGGCUGGAGACACACAAGCCGGAUGAGUGGGCCGACCUUCAUGUCCUCUGGUGAGGUGACUGAAAUAAGCCGCAUCCACUAUGACCUGGAAUACAUGGAGGGCAUCAGCCAGCGCAUGCGGAUACCCGAAACCCUCAAAGUCGGCCCGGAGAGCUCCGCGGGGCGCAUGCAAGCUCAGGAGCCGCCGCCGCCUCAUUCCACUUUGAUGCAAGUUCCUGAGAGAAUUGUUGUUGCAGGCGACGAUGGAGACCUGACGUUUCCUCGUCCCAGGGACCUGGAUCUGAUCCAGUCAGUUCCCCCUGCAGACCUCCUGAACAUGAAGGCGCCGCCUAACGUCCUCACGCUAACGGAACAGCCCCUGGACUCUCUGGAAACAGACCAAACUGCCAACGCCCAAAGAAACUCCAGUAACGCGACCAGCCUCCAUGCUCGGGCCAGAAGGGAACGCAGUGACAAUGUCUCCAGUCGCCACGGCAACCAGAUCAGCAGAGGGGAUGUAAGCGUGACCUCCUCUCCUCACGCGCCUCCUCUCCGUUUGUGUCCUCCCCUCUACUCACCCGAAGACGCCAACAUCAACCUGUUCACCGCCGCCGGGCUGCUGUCCUACAUCCAGUCCACCACUCGCCGUGCGUACCAGCAGGUCCUGGAGGUUCUGGACGAUGGCCACCGCAGGACACACCUGGACUCCACCUUGGACAUAAAUCCAGAUGAGUCGGGAUUGGUUGACGCUUCGUCGCUCCGGCGUCAGAUUGUGAAGCUGAACCGGCGUCUGCAGCUCCUGGAGGAGGAGAACAAAGAGCGCUCCAAGCGAGAGAUGAUCCUGUACUCGGCCACCGUGGCGUUCUGGCUCAUCAACACUUGGAUCUGGUUACGGCGCUAAAGUAGAGAAACGGCAGCAGGAGUCCUGGCUCGUUUGAGGAAAGCUCCUCCAAACUCUCCAGACUGAGAACGGCGGCGGCAGCAGCAGCUCCUUAAACCCACCUUUGAGGGUUUGAGGAGCUGCUGCUGCCGCCGUUUCCAGUCUGGACAUAAAACCGGAUCCUCAGUGUUUUAACAUGAACUGAGCUUUAAGAGCUAAAACCAUCAGGUCAACAUCUGGCGAGCUGAGGUUGGGAGCUGGACUCAAAGCCACCUGUGACGUGGUUGCCAGCGCCUGGUUGUUUUAAAGCAAAAUAAUGCACAGUCCUAGUUUAGGCUGUUCAACACUAGUUAGAGGAGGUCUAGUGUGGUCUGGCAUUCCUGGAGUCUAGCUAACCCGGAUCUGCUGCUGUGUGCUGUAGACCAGAGAUGAAUGGAUGCUGAACUUCCUGGGCCUCACCACAGCAGGUUAAAGGAGGUCUGCUUGUCUUUCUGCAAACAUGAAGAUUCACCUUUUUAUUUUUCAGCGACACUGGACUGAGACAGUAAAGUUUUGCAGCAGGUUGAAAUGGUGAGCAGGUGCAGGAGAUGCUAACCUUCAGUCUGCAGGGCUGUCUGGUUGGGUUUGGACACACUCAGGGUUUUGGUUCCUGGAAACACGCUGACUUUCACCAUCUACACGCAGAAACAAAGACCACUCGGAUCAUGCUAGAGGUGGUUUCUAAAGCAGGGUUUAGUUAGUUUGUUUGUGGUGUUUGGAUGGAGCUGAGUUUCACUACAGCAUCCCAUCCUGUGAAUCUGCUCCCACUGCCAAUUGGACUGCAGCGUGCAGGUCACUGGGCUGGAUGAGUGAAGCCGGCAUGCGGCUGCAUGCGGCGGCAUGCGGCUGCAUGCGGCUGGAGCACCAGGGAGAAGAGAUGAUGCAGCUGCUGCAGCUGCAUCAUCUCUUCUCCCUGGUGCUCCACAGCUUCCUGUUUAUGCUCUUCCUCCUCUGUUGCACAGACCCUCGUCACUCUGCACCGCGGUAAAAACCCGUUGGGGGGGCUUUGCUGAUGCUUUAAAACAAAGCGACAUGUCUGGAGAGCUCCGGCUGCAGCUGCACAGCUGACUCGAUCUGUAAAUAAAGUCCCUCUAGUGUCAAAAAUGGACCUGAAUCUACAGAUGCCAUAACGCUAGCCUGAAUGUAAUGUCACUUCCUCCUUACCUAAACGUUUGUGUAAGUACUUGAAUAAAUUAUUCUUCACAUUUGGGUUUCUUGAGAAUGCUGCUGUUUGUUCCGUCUUUUGCUAGAAAUCAGGUUUUCUUUUGGAUCAGAGGUUUUUGUGAACUUCCUGUUAAAAAUGAAAUAUUUAUUGCCUUUAUGGUGACUUUUGUUUUAGGCCGGUUCGUCGCAUUUGAUGCAACGUUUCCUGUGACCUAUAAGCUGUAUCUGUGUGUGAAUAUUUAUUUUUUGUAAAGUUUGAAACUGUAGUUUGGGUGUUUUGUUGAAUAAAUGUGCUCCUCAGAUCUA